AUGUCUGUACCAGCAGACAUCCUGUUCUCAAUCUUCGAUCUUCUCGCGGACGACAGACCUACCCAGCAGGCUGGAUGCCUCACUGCCAAGGUCCUCACUUCCCACUGCCAGCGACACCUGUUUCGUUCUCCGUCGUUCAAUUUCAUGGUCGACGUCGGGCCUGACGCCCAGGAUACAGUCCCGGUGUCGAAUGCCCUUGCAUGCUUCGCUCAGGCACUAGAGAGUAAUCCAUGCCUAGGAUCCUACGUACUCUCGUUCGGAACAAUUGUUGGUGGAUACACGCAAUCCUCAGAAGAUCAAACUAAGUACCGCCAAGGGAACAUCGACGUGACGGCUUUGCUUCGUCAGACUUUCUCCAAGCUAGGGAACUUGGAGUCAAUCCAUCUGCAGGCCGGAAUAUCCCAUGCUACACCGCUGAUUCAGGUAGUACGGUUUGAAGAACUCAUCGAAAUUCCAUUUCCCAAUCUCCGCAGUCUUCGACUCGUAGGGCCGGGUGUGUCUAUCCCUGAUCCUUUGUAUUCCCGCCACUUCUCCUGGCCUGCGACUCUACAAACACUGGUCAUAGAUGACUGCGCACAGAAGAGACCACCAGAAGGCAAGUCUGUGGCUGGGUCAGUUAAAACUCGCUGUUUCACCUAUGUGGACUCUGGGCGAAUGCCAUUCACCCCAAAAUCGCUCCUGGACUCCGUCGAUCCCCAAAGCAUUCACCACUUCCAUUUCUCUUCGAAUAAGGAGCCGGACCGACUUCGAGCGUUGGAAAUACUCUCCAAGUCGUCGCCUAACCUUACGUCGUUCACCUACGCCGUCCCCGAGCGGUCUGCGGGCGGGAUACACACAAGAAGGAACAGGUUCUUUCACAAAGAUAACACACAUAUAUUCGCUUCUCUCAUCGGCCUCGAGACGUUCGGAUUUCAAGUCGAGGCAAGCGACUUUCUCUUCAAUGCUGCCCAUCCCGAGCGGACAGAUUACCGCACAUUGCCCCGAUUCAUGGCCUCCACAUUCUGCAGCACCGCCUUGUCCGCUAUUCCCAACAUCACUACGCUCGAGAUCAAGAUCAUACAGAUGUACAGUGUCGACGUGACCACCGAAUUCGUGGAUUAUUUCAUCGAUAUCGACGACUAUUUGGCUCGUGGGCCAUUCCCUCGCCUGAACAAGGUUCGGCUGGUGUUCAACGUGAGGAAGAGUUGGUUGGAGAAGGAAGAGAUUACUACCUCGGAGAUGCGGGAGUCGUUUCAGUUGUGGGCCAAUGCAGCUUUUGUAGAGUCGAAGGAGAAGCGGGGACUCGAGGCGGAGGUGGAGGUCAAUGAUCACGAGGGGCUAUAUGCUAGGUAUGGGUGA